AUGGAUGAAUUAAUGGCAGGUACAAGACGAAACAAUAAAAAAAAUCAUAGUAGUCAUUCAAAUUCAAGAGAAUCUCAAACACUUGAUUUAUUAGAAAGAUUUCGUGUAAAAGUUCAUACUGCUAAUGAUGAACAAAUUAGUGAACCUUUAAAUGAAACACAAUCAGAACAAAUAGCUGAUAAAGUUCAAACACCAUUUUUAAAACAUACUUUUGUAUCUCAAGAAUUAUUAGAUAAUGUUCAAGAUAUUUAUACGAAUGCUGAAUUAUUAACUGUUUAUGAUCCAAGAAAUCCAAUGACUAAACGACGACGAGAUGAAAGUAGUAUGUUACUUCAUCAAAAAAAACAUAAAGGACGUACGGUACACCGACAGUUGAGCCCUCGACAGUUGAGCCCCGACAGUUGA